AUUUAUUGAGUAUAAUUUUUAUUGUGUUAUAGUCAAAAAUAUGUUCAAUAUUUCUGCUUUUCUUUAUAAGGAUUUUAAGGAAAUUAUAUUCACUGAGAUUGUUACAUCAUGAAAAAAAAAAAAAAAACACCAACUAGAAUUCCUAAAGCACUGCUUUCUUUCACUUAACAAAUGAUUUCAAGUUAAACAGGUUAUGUAACUAGAUAACCUUGUGUUUACUUGAAGAACCCAAGUGACAUUAUUCUCCUCCCUUUUGCUGAACUUUGAUCCCGGAAAAACAAUUCAUUAUUUAUUCCAACUUAAAGCAACCAGAAAUUGGAAUACUGGAAAUGAUAAAAUUCUUUCUUAAAUCAGAGCCAAUUUUUCUGCUCUGAUAGCUACAGAGAAUAUGUUUUCUAAAAUGAUUAUGAAACUUUUCAUUUUGCAAAUCUUGGGUAUGUCCCUGGGUGAAGUACAGAAACCAUUUGUUCAUUUUCUGAGUCUAAACAAGACCGAAGUCCUAUUUUACACGAAGACAGAAGAAGCAUUGAUUGUAAAAUCAAACUACAAGAGCAAUGAGCCAAACAGAAGCUAUCUUUCUGUAGAUUUAAAAGACCUGGAAGUGGCACAAGUGGUGAACGUGACCAAGACAUCUUCGGAGGUUACAAACUUUAAAAUAAACCUACUGACAAAGAAAGCAGGUGAGACAAGUUUAACCAUUCAACUGUGGGAUUUUGUAGGUGGGCAAGAUAGACUCAUUGAGGAGAUAAAGGAUAUCCGAAUCAAGGUGAUCUUCAAACAGAAAAUAGAGACUCUUCUAAAGGCACCUUUGCAUUUUGACAAUUAUGCUCUACUGCUGAUUUUGCCAAUAAUAUUAAUUAAUAAAUUUGCAUUUGGGUGCAAGAUUGAAAUGGAAACACUCCAGAUUGCAUGGAAGAAACCUUUACCAAUACUUCUUGGUGCAGCUAUCCAAUUUUUUGUCAUGCCGCUUUGUGGAUUUAUUUUUACUAGAGUUUUGGCACUAUCCCAGACUCUCUCUUUUGGAUUUGUUAUGACUUGUACCUGUCCUGGAGGAGGAGGAGGCUAUCUCUUUGCCCUGCUUCUGGAAGGUGAUAUCACUUUGGCCAUUGUAAUGACUUGUGUUUCAACAUUAUUAGCACUGAUAAUGAUGCCUCUAAAUUCGUAUAUUUAUAGUAGAAUGUUGAGACUGCAUGGUUCACUUCAUAUCCCUGUUUCUAAAAUCAUGACAACCCUUCUUUUCAUAGUUAUACCAAUAUCGGGAGGCAUAAUCAUUAAGCGGAAAGUACCUAAAUGGGCAAACUACUUGGAGAAAAUAAUUAAACCUUUUAGUUUUGUGUUAAUAUCUGUGGGGAUAUAUUUGAGUUUCAAGAUGGGAUUCAUAUUUACAAAAACAAUUAACUUGAAGGUAUUUUUCCUGGGACUAUUAGUUCCUGCUUUGGGUUUGUUGUUUGGAUACUCUUUUUCUAAAAUGUUUAUGUUGCCUCUUCCAGUUUGCAAAACAGUUGCUAUUGAAGGUGGGGCAUUAAAUAGUUUCUUAGCACUAGCCAUUAUUCAGCUUUCUUUUCCACAACACAAGGCAGAUUCAGCAUCAGUUGCCCCUUUUACAGUAGCCAUGUGUUUUGGCUGUGAAAUGCUAUUUAUGAUUCUGUUAUAUAAAGCUAAAAAAUAUUACAGUUCUAAAUGUAGAGGAUGAAAAGCUAAAAUCUCUUGUCUAAUAAAUUCUUACACUCAACUUACAAGUAUUUAUUUAGCACCUGUCAUAUAUUAGACUCUGAAGGGAAUAAAAUUUAAUAACAGAAACAGUUCUAGCCUUUGAGAAUCUUUCAGUCUAAUUUAAAGAUAAAAGAAAGAUAAGUUACACAACAUAAUCCAAAUGAUAAAUAUUAAAUACCUAGAAUAGUGGGUAAAGGUUAAGUGACUAGAGGAAGAUGAAAUUCUAUAAGAUUUCAGAUGCAGAAUAGACUCUUCCAGUUACGUUUACCAUAAUUUAAAAAAAGCUUAACCCAAACAAACAAACAAAAAGCCAUAGAGUGACAUGGAAAGCAACUUAGUAAUAUACAACUGGAUAACCCAGUUGAAUAUUAGCCUAGAUAAUAGCUUUUCUUCCAGGUCAGAUGGUCUUGAAAGGAUAACCAGAAAGAUGAUGCUUGAGCUGGAUGCUUUUUAUUUUCAUCUUCAUCAAAAGAAAGAAAGAAUAUUUUAAAAAUUUUGUAUAACUCAAUCUUGAAUCCCUUUUUUUUACCCUAAGUACCUACUAUGCAAACAUUUAUAUAGCACUUUAAAUUUGUAAAGCACUUUAUAAGUAUUGUUUCAUUUUAUCUUCAUAAUAGCUAUAGGUGAUAGGUGAUAUUGUUUUAAUUUUAGAGAAAGCUGAGGCAAGCAGAGGUUGAUCGGCCCAAGAUCAUCCAGCCAAGUGUCUGAGAGCAGAUCUAAAAUUAGGUCUUCCUGACAACAGGUCCAGUACUAUAUAUAUUGAGUUACAUGCUAACUAAAUGAAAAAUGUGCACCUGAAUUUCUAUGCAUUGCAUACAUAAUUCAUUUUUUACCUCAAAACUAACUCGUUUUUCCCCUUUGUUAUGUUUAGAAAUGGUGCUGACUAUUCUUUGUCAUCUAGAUUUAGACAUUUGCAGUUUAGACAUUAUUCUUGCCUUUUCCCUUUUCCUCGCUAUUUCCAUAUUCAAUCUACCUACAAAUCCUGUAGCUUUUAGCACUGUGACAUUUCCCAUGGUCACUUUUUUCCUUUUUUAUUUCCAUGUUCAUCACCACUCUACUUUCUGUCUUUAUUACACUUCACUCGGCUACAAUUCAAUAGCCUCCUACACAUUUCUGCCAAGCUAAUCUUGCUAAGUUAUGAUAUCUGAUUGAUAUAGUGCAGCCUUUAGGAAGGAUAUAGCAAUAACCUAAAGCUACCUGGACUUGGGAGUGAUGUAGGUAGAAAUGAUGUAUUUCUUCCCUUAGGCUUUCCUGUCCCAGUUUACUCUAUAUGACCAGGAUUCUAAGGCCACCAAUAUUGCUGUCACAUAAUAUACUGUUGGUCAAUAACAGAGUUUCUGAAACUAAUGAGCAACAAUAAUGACUUAAAGUUAAUGCAGGUAUAGAACAAAAUUGGGUGUCUGCUACUUAACUUAGUGCCUUUCCAGGCCUAAAACAUAUCUCUGGGAAGAUUCCCUUCUUCUUUUCUCUUCCCCAUGAGAUCUGUUCUGAGUACUAUGGAUAUUGCAUCUCUGUGCAAAGUUGGAACCAAACUCUCAUUUUCAAUUCUACCUCUAAGCUGUAAAAUUAGCAUAUCAGAGACAUGUAGCACCUGGUUUCUCUAACAUUUCUGUGUAAAUUUACUUUCUUGCUCCUGGUUCAUUGUUAACUUCUUUUGGAAUUUAGCUCACUUUAAUUCUAAUAAACUUUACCCCUUGAUUUGGAGAUGGGCAUGAGUCUGCAAAUUCUUUUGAGAUACCUUGUGAUAACUUGUGUAAAACCUCAACAUAGGAAAAAGAAAUAAGGUGGAUUCUGAGAGACUUUGAAUGUCAGAUAAAGGAUUUCAUUUCUAAUUUUUAACAGGAUAUAAAACCAUUGGACUUUAUUGAAUAAUCAGUCAGUAGCACUGGGCUAUGGGCUAGGCAUUGUGCUAAGCACUGGGGAUACAAAAAAGGCAAAAGACAGUUCUCACCCUCAAGGAGCUCACAAUAUAAUGUGGGGGAGGGGUUUGUCCUAGGAAGAUCACUUUGAUAACUGAAUGACAGAUGGAUUGAAGUGGGGAGAGACUUGUGGUAGGCAGACAAAAAAGCAGGCUACAGCAAUAGUCCAGCUGUGUGUUGGUGAGGACUUGUAUCAGGGUGAAAGAAUGUCAAAGUAGAGAAGGGGGCAUAUUCCAUAAGGGGCAUAAGGUAAAAUCAACAUAUUUUGGCAACAUGUUGGAUAUUGGAUGUAAGGUUAAAAGAAAAUUAAUUUUCAAGUCUGAAUAACUGGAAGAACUGGAAGAAUGGUGGCAUUCUCAAUUACAACAAAGAAGCCAGGAAGAAGAAAGGUUUUUUUGGGGAAAAUAAUGAAUUCAGUUUGAGACAUGUCAAUUUUAAGAUGUUCACAGGAUAUCCAAUUCAAGAUAUUUAAUAAGUAGUCAGAGAUGUUUAAUUAAGGGUAAAAAGAGAGGUUAGGGCUAGACAAGCCCUAAAUCUGGGAAUCAUCUGCAUAGAGAUGAUAAUUGAAUGCAAGUGUUGAAGUGGAAGACACCCCCAAAAUGUUAGGGUCCCUAGGUAUGGUGAUAGAAUUUGCAAACUCAGUUUGUAUCUAAGUGAAGAGGCAAGAUUUUUUUGUUUGUUUGUUUUUUGGGGUUUUUUUUUUUUUUUUUUUGCAUUGCUAACAGUGGGCAAGUUCCAAAAGUUAGAAAGAACCAGGGGCGAGAAAGAUAAAUUUAUAGAAAAAAGUUAGAGAAACCAGUAGCUUUAUGUUAAUGAUGUUUUAUGAUUUAGAGAUAGAAUUGAGGAAUAGUUUGGUUUUGCUAUUGUGUGCAGGCUUAAUACCAUAAUUCUCUGGCCAGAGCUCAUGGGGUGGUAAGGUAGAAGUAGGGGUGGGGAAGUAAGGGGUGGAGGUGAAGGAAUAGGAGUGGGAGAACCUUCCAGAGGCAUUUUUUAAGCCUGAAAUGCCACAAAGUCAAGUGGCAGAUACCCAAUUUUGUUUUGUGUUUGCAAGAACUUUAAGCACCUCAUUAUUGUUGCUCAUUAGUUUCAGAAACCCCAUUAUCACAGGCCAAGUUGCUAUCUGACAGCCAGCAAUAUUUGUGGCUUUAGCAUAUAGAAUUAACUGGGGUAGGAUAGCCUAAGGAAAAAUAUAUGUCAUUUCUACCUACAUCACUCUUAAGGUCAAUUGGCCUUAUUGGUUAUUGCUACAUCCUUCCUAAGAGCUGAACCACAUCAAUAGGAGCUAAUGAGAUCACUAAGUGAAGUAAUAUAAAGGGAGAAGAAAGGUGGCAAAGAAUAAAGACUGAGGAUUCGUUAGUAUUUAGUGAAGAUGAUCUGGAGGAAGUUUCAGCAAAGGGGACUAGGAGGACUGGUUAGAUACAUCAAGAGAAGAAUCAGGAGAAACUAGGGUAAUGAAGACCUAGAUAAGGUAUCAGGGAGAAGAGAAUGAUCAUCAGUGUCAAAGGCUUCAAUGCCGAGAAGUCAAAAAGAUUGAAUAUUGAAAAGGGGCCAUUAGAUUUGUCAAUUAGAUUCUUAAAGACUUUGGAGAGAGGAGGUUCAAUUGAAUGAAUGCACAGAAAUACAGGUUUAUGCAAAGAUAAGUAAAUUAGGAGGAGAUUAUUCAUCUUCUGAAAAGGAUUACUAGUUUGCUUUAUGGUAUUCAACAUGAAAUUUCUUUAAAUUGGGAAAAUCUAAUUACCAUUAAGAUUAAUCUUUUCUGUUCCUUUCAGCUCUGUAUUAUAUUAUUUUUGUGUAAAGAAUUUAUACUCACAUUAUAUCUCUUAACUUCAUGUUAUGUUCAUUGGCUGUCCUCCCUAUCUGGAAUAAUGCUCUCUUCCUCAUCACAGCUUCCUGGCUUCCCUCAGGUCUCAGCUCAUCUCCUAUCUUCCGCAGGAGUUUUUUUUUUGGUCAUCCUUAAACCUAACUCUCCAUUGUGUUCUCUCUGAAUUAACUUUCAUUUACUUUGUGCCUAUAGCUGUUUGCAUGAUGUCUCCCCCCACUAGAAUACAAAUUCUUUUGAUGACAGGGACUGUUUUUUGCUUUUUGUGUGUCCUUAGCCUCUUAACACAGUUCUUGGCACUCUUAACACAGCACUUGUUGAUUGAGCAUACCCAAGUUGAUAUAUUAGAAAUACUAAAUUUUGAGCCAGAAAACCUGGAUUCCAGUUUAGACUGUACCAUAUUUAAAUUACAUCUCUGGUUCCAUUUCCUUCCUAAUAAAGUGAGGAUGGACUAAA